UCUACAAAUUCAGUGUCAACUGUGAAAAGCAAAAGAAUGGCAGAAGAAGAGAUGAAGCUGUUUCGGUCAUGGUCAAGUCCAUUUGGCAUGAGGGUGGUACACGCGCUGAAGAUCAAAGGUUUACAAUAUGAAACAAUACUGGAAGAUCUAUCCAACAAGAGUGCUUCACUCCUCAACUACAAUCCCAUACACAAAAAAAUACCCGUUUUCGUUCACAACGGAAACCCGAUUUGCGAAUCCCUCGUAAUUCUCGAAUACAUCGACGAGACGUGGACGCAAUCUCCUCUCUUGCCCCAAGAUCCUUACGCCAAAUCCACGGCUCGAUUCUGGGCUAAAUUCGGCGAUGACAAGGUUAUGCCAUCAAUUUGGAGUGUGUUUACAUCUCAAGGGGACGCGAGAGAGGAAGCCAUCGUGCAAGCGAAAACGAACCUUGAAUUCUUGGAAGAGGAGAUAAAAGGGAAGAAGUUCUUUGGAGGGGAAGCGAUUGGUUAUGUUGAUCUUGCGUUUGGUUGGAUGGCUAAUUUGAUCGGCAUAUUGGAGGAGAUAAUUGACUUGAAAUUAGUCGAUGCGGAGAAAUUUCCGUUUUUGUCGGCGUGGAUGAGCAACUUCUACGAUGAUCCUGCAAUAAAAGAAUUUUGGCCAAAUCGAGACAGAAUGGUCGAGAAAUUUAAGGCGAUGCGUGAAUUGCACCUCAAUAAAGUUGCGUGAAACCGACCGAACUCCUGGUUCAGUUUGUACGACUAAUAAUGGUUUCACUUUUGAAUGAUUUUGUACCUCAAUAAUGCAAUCUUGAUAAGUAGAUGAUACUAUGAGAUCGUCUAGCAAUUCGGUUUAUUUCAGGUUUGGUUUUUUAAAACAUGUUCGUUUCUCAAUGUAAAAUUGAUGAAGCUUGAUUGUCUCGAAUAAAUUUGUGCGUUGUGACA